ACAAUUGCAGGGAGAAUGGCCGUGCCCUGGGAGGAAUAUUUCCGACUGGCCUUGCAAGAGAAAGUGCCCGACCCCUCCAGGAAGAUCCCAGAGCACAAUGUGGACCACCUCCCGCCGGUGCUGCGCCUCCUGGAGAAGAGGCAAGAGCUGAUGGAUGCGGACCGGGACCUGCAGGCCCAGAAGGAGGUGUUCCAGGCUGUGACGGCAGCCCAGAAACAGCGCUGGGAACAGUUGGAACAGAAGGAGCGGGAGCUAAAGGGAUCUUUUGUCCACUUUGACAAGUUCUUGCAGGACACCGAGGCCCGGCGCAGCCGCGCGCUGCAGAGGGCGGCAGAGGAGCGGCUGCAGGCGAGCCGCCAGGAGGCGGAGGCACAACGGCUUAGGAUCCAGCUGGAGGAGCUGCAGCGGGAGCGCGCGCGAUUGCAGCGCCGGCUGGAGCGCCUGGAGCCCUGCGCGCGCCUGCUGGGCCAAGUGUUGGAGCAGCUGCCGGAGUUCCAGGACGUCCCCGAGCUGGUGGCGCGCUUGGACGGCCUGGCCGAUAUGCAGGCGGCGCUGAGGCUCACGGAGCGCCAGCGGCAGGCGGAGCUGGAGGAGGCCCGCGCGCAGCUGCAGAGGCUGCGGGACGCGGGGCAGGACGAGCUGCUGGGGCAGAGCCAGCGGCGAGCGCAGCUGCUGGAGCGCCUGGAGGCUGCGAGGGAGCGAACGCUACGCUGGGAAUCCAAGUGGAUUCAGAUCCAGAACACAGCGGCUGAGAAGACCCUUGUCCUGGGCCGCAGCAGAAUGGCGACGCUGAACCUGUUCCAGCUGGUGUGCCAGCACAAGGCGCAGCCCCCCACCCUGGCCAUCGAGGACACCGAGGGGCAGCUGGAGCAGGUGAAGCUGUUCAUCCUGGACCUCUCCGCCAUGCUGGCCAGUCUUCGUCAGGCCAAGCCCACACCUGCCUCCCAGCCCUGA